GCGGCGGAAGGAGAAGCGCCGGCCCGGCUGCGGCGCGACAUGGUCGAGGCCGUGGCGGAGGAGCUGUCGGCGCUGGCCGCGAUCUUCUGCGGGCCCCGCGAGUGCGAGGUGCUGAGCCGCUCAGAGACAGAUGGGACUGUGUUCAGAAUUCACACAAAGGCCCAAGGACUUGUGGAUGCAGAUAUACCCUUGGAGUUGGUGUUCCAUUUACCGGUCAAUUACCCUGCAUGUCUCCCUGGUGUCUCAGUUAACUCUGCGCAUCUGACCCGAGGCCAGUGUGUAACUGUGAAGGAGAAAUUACUGCAACAAGCAGAGAACCUGCCUCCAGAACCGAUGGUUCAUGAGCUGGUUCUCUGGGUCCAGCAGAAUCUCAUGCAUAUCCUCAGCCAGCCGGAAACUGGAAGUGGCCAUGAAAAGUCUACUUUCCCAAACAGCACGACUAUGGGUGAUGGAUUAUGGAUAACUCUUUUGCAUUUGGAUCACAUGAGAGCAAAGACUAAAUAUAUUAAGACUGUGGAGAGGUGGGCUUCCAAUUUAAGGCUCACAGGAAGACUGAUGUUCAUGGGUAAAAUAAUACUGAUUUUACUACAAGGAGACAAAAAUGACAUCAAGGAGUACCUGGUUCUUCAGAAAACCUCCAAAGUAGAUGUGGACUCAAGUGGAAAGAAAUGCAAAGAGAAAAUGAUUAGUGUACUAUUUGAAACAAAAGUGCAGGCGGAACACAAAAGGUUUCUGGCAUUUGAAGUCAAAGAGUACUCAACGUUGGAUGAGUUACAAAAGGAAUUUGAAACUGCAGGACUCCAGCGGCUGUUCUCAGAGCUGGUACUGGGGCUCGUGAAGUGAAAUGGAUGGAAGAACCUUUUGGUAAAACAACAGAAUUUUUUGUUUCUUUUCUUUUUUUUUUCCCGCCUACUGAUUUGGGAUGUAGCUAAUUGAAACAGUCACAAGGGAGCAUUUACAUUUUCUCCGCAGCAAAAUCAUUCUCCUUUCAGGAACUAAAGCAAGUUGUUUUAUAGAAUUCUUAACCAUGAAAAGACCUGUAUUCUAACGUUGCCAACAAAGACUGGGUUCACUAGAUAGAACACUAUUUGGAACAUAAAUAAAAAAAGAUGAUGGCAAAUGAGCUGUUGUUUCUAUAUAGACAAUUUGUUUGGAAGUGUGCAAUUUUCAGGCUAAUUUUCUUGUAAUUAAAUGAUUUUUUAAAAUUGA